AUGACAAAUAAUCAAAAUCACCCAUUUCAUUUAGUUGAUUAUAGACCUUGACCAUUAACAGGAGCUAUUGGAGUUAUAACUUUAGUUACAGGAUUAGUAAAAUGAUUCCAUAAUUUUAACAUAAACCUUCUUAUCUUAGGUUAUUUAAUUGUUUUAUUAACAAUAUAUCAAUGAUGACGAGAUAUUUGCCGAGAAGGAACAUUCCAAGGUAAACACACAAUUUCAGUAUCAAAAGGACUCCGAUGAGGAAUAAUUUUAUUUAUUAUCUCAGAAAUUUUCUUUUUUAUUUCAUUCUUUUGAACUUUCUUUCAUAGAAGUUUAGCACCUAAUAUUGAAAUUGGAAUAAUAUGACCCCCUUCAAAUAUUUUAGCUUUUAACCCAUUUCAAAUUCCUCUUUUAAAUACCAUUAUCUUAAUUACCUCAGGAAUUACCAUUACUUGAUCUCAUCAUGCACUAAUAGAAAAUAAUUUUACUCAAACAUCACAAAGAUUAUUCAUUACUAUUAUUCUAGGAAUUUAUUUUACUAUUCUCCAAGCUUAUGAAUAUAUUGAAGCCCCAUUUACUAUUGCCGAUAGAAUUUACGGAUCAAUCUUUUUUAUAGCAACAGGAUUUCACGGACUUCAUGUUAUUAUUGGAACAAUCUUUUUAAUUACCUGUUUUAUCCGACACUUAAAUAACCACUUUUCAAAAAACCAUCAUUUCGGAUUUGAAGCUGCUGCAUGAUAUUGACAUUUUGUAGAUGUUGUUUGAUUAUUCCUUUAUAUUUCUAUUUAUUGAUGAGGAAAUUAACUA